UGCUGCCACAGACAACUUCUCUCUUGCUAACAGGCUCGGAGAAGGCGGUUUUGGCUCUGUUUAUAAGGGUAGGCUACAUAAUGGACAAGAAGUAGCUGUAAAAAGACUAUCGAAAACUUCAGGACAAGGGAUAGAAGAAUUCAAGAAUGAAGUGACACUGAUAGCAAGACUUCAACAUAGGAACCUUGUGAGGCUCCUGGGCUGUUGCGUUCAACAAGAAGAGAAGAUGUUAAUCUAUGAAUACUUGCCAAACAAAGGUUUGGACUCUUUCAUCUUCGAUAAGGAAAAAAGGUCAAUUUUAGAUUGGAGGAAACGCUUUGAAAUUGUUUUGGGAAUUGCUCGAGCGAUGGUAUAUCUUCACCGGGACUCAAGAUUAAGAAUUGUCCACAGGGAUCUAAAAGCCAGCAAUGUAUUGCUAGAUGCCACCAUGAAUCCAAAAAUAUCAGACUUUGGUAUGGCUAGAAUUUUUGAUGGGGACCAAAUCGCAGCAAACACGAAUAGAGUAGUUGGAACAUAUGGUUAUAUGUCACCAGAAUAUGCAAUGGAGGGGCAAUUUUCUACUAAAUCUGAUGUUUUCAGCUUUGGGGUUUUGCUAUUGGAGAUCAUUAGUGGCAAGAAGAAUAACAGUUACUAUCAGGAGAACUCUGUUAAUUUAAUUGGACAUGUUUGGGACCUGUGGAAAGGAAACAGUGCUCUGGAGGUAGUUGAUUCAACAUUGGGGGACUCAUAUCAAGCUCAUGAAGUCUUGAGAUGUAUUCACAUAGGGUUACUAUGUGUGCAAGAAUUUUCCAGUGAUCGGCCUACCAUGUCAGAAGUAGUUUUCAUGCUUUGCAAUGAAACAACACUCACUUCUCCAAGCCAACCUGCAUUUAUUUUCAAGAGAGCAACUACUGGGGACUCAUCAUCAGCUAGUGUGGGAACUGCUUCUAUAAAUUAUCUCACUAUUUCUCAAGUCCAAGCUCGCUAAAUUAUCGUGUCAUCGCAGAUUGUACAUUAUUUACUUAUUCUAGCAGUAUUAGCUGAUUAACAUUACAAUUUCUCUCAGUCACUCAUGCAUUCACAGAAUGAGAUUUUGUCUCUGGAGCUAAGGUACUAUGUGAUGAGAUUUUGUGUACAAAACUUGAAGGGUCUUACAAAUAAGACUCAAAUGUUAUGAAAUGAACUUAUAUAUUGA